GAAGCUGGCCUAGUAACCUCUUAUGCGGAAAUCGGUUGUUGAAGUGGUUUCCUGAUCACCGAGGCCCUUUGAAUGUCCAGGAUCGCGCUUAAUACCCCGCAGUACAGUACACCCUAAAACAGGUCAUGGCAGGCUGCAGCGUAAUGAUGUGGCCGAGCAGCAGGAUGCUAUGAUGCGGACAAAUGCCCGCUCUGCUGCUGCGGGAGUGUCAGGAUAAUAGAAAAUCGGUAUGGAGUUGUUGUUCGGGGAGCGACGGCCACGUGCAAUCGAGCAUUAGUCAACCUGUGCUGGGGUUAGGUCACAAUUGACUACCACCGGAAAGUUGCUGAAUCUGCAAUAUGAGUCACAGGAAACGUUUAUAGAACUUGGAACAACCAACUAUGAUGCCGACUUUAUAACAAUUUGCUCAAUGGGUUACAAAGCUAUUGAAAGGUGCCCGACGCUAAGACGACUGCAUCGUCAUCGUCGGCUUCGGGUAAGCGCCGUGCCGAGGCCGAGGUCGCGGGAGAUUCAUUAUGUGACGCGGGCUUGAAUAUCAAGUAUAUAGGCCGCUGUACAGAUUUCUUCUCUGCGUUGGACAAUAGUUCAAUUUUUACGGAUCAGCAAGCUACGUCACCAAGAGUAUACGCAUCAUACGGCCGUCACAACACUCUCAUAUAGACACGAUGGCAACAAACAGCCUCGCAGCAGGCUAUGUCUUAGUCGAAGGGUACCCUUCAGUAGAAGACUACCGGAACCUACGAGAACAGAGCGGCCUAUCACCCAGGAAUGAGGAACAAGCCACCAAGAGCAUCGCAGGUAGCUGGUACGGCGUGUACAUCGCGGAGGAGACAGCACCUACGAAGGCCGUGGCCAUGGGUCGGGUUAUUGGCGACGGCGGAUGGUAUUUCAUCAUCGCCGACAUGGCGACUCUCCCGGCGCACCAGAGGAAAGGUCUUGGCGAUGUCGUCUUGAAGAAGCUGCUUGCGGAGAUCGAGAGGCGCGCGGCUGAGGGGCAGGCAUAUGUUACGCUGGGUGCUGACCCGCCGGGACGUAAGCUGUAUAUGAAGAACGGGUUCCAGGAUACGAUGCCGGAUACUAUGGGGAUGGAACGUCAUGUACAGGGCCAGGGCCAGGACCAGUGAUCCGCCCUAGGCUUGUGAAAUAUCCAGACUUGUACACAUAUUCGGCCAUUCGUGGCGCAGUGUGGUGUGAGGUGCACGGGACAGCUAUCUUUCCGCCAGAUCGGCGAGCCUUCCGGUCCUUCUCUGGCUAUGUGUGUACCGUGUCGCGUGUCUCUAAGGGCGACUCUUGGUUGAUGACAGCUGUGGUAAGUCAGCCUCAGGCAAUGAUCUACCGGUAUACAGGACGCGCGGAGUAAUACAGUGUGCGUCCUAGCAUGAGCGUCUUACUUGUGGACAAGGCAGAUCCACGACUGUCCGAUUGAUCAACCAAAACGCCGCAGCUUAGUGCGAGAGCCCAGUCCCUUUUCCAUCACUCAUUCUGACAUUCUUUAUCGUAAGCUGUGCCAUUA